AUGUUUCCCGAGAAUGCAGCUCAAAGAAGUUUUCAGGCUUGUUUAGAAUGUCGUAGAUCCAAGUUAAAAUGUGACGGUUUACAGCAUGCCGAUUUUCAAUGUUCUCGUUGUACGACUCGAAAUAAGGUCUGCAUUUGGCCAGCACCCAUACCUACUGCAAUGACCCAGCAGAAUGCACAACAACAGCAGCAGCAGCAGCAGCAGCAGCGGCAGCAGCAGCAACAACAACAACAACAACAACAGCAGCAGCAACAACAACAACAGCAGCAGCAGCAACAACAACAACACCAGCUACAACAGCAACAGCAACAACACUUCCAGCAGCAACAGCCGAAUCCAUAUCGUCAUCCAUCCACCGCAUCCACCUCGAUUCCCAGAGAUGCUUUAGCUAGUGAAGAUCCGCUAUCAUCCACAUCGUCCCAAUUCCAACACAACUAUCCACAUUCCGAUCAUGAAACCCCACUCAAUCCAUCAAAGCGACCAAGUGUAUCGCUAUUAUCGCCAGAAGAAGCAAUCCUACAACAUCGCUCACAAGCAAGCUUUGGGGAUGGAAUUAGAAAUGCAAAUGAUCCUUCGCAUCCAAUCGGCUUGCACAAUUUGGAAAGACAAGAUGGCAAUGCGGUAAACCAAUGGGAUGAUUUCACAGAAAUUCUAGGAAAUGAAAAAGAAGGGGAUAAUGAUGACAAUUCGGAAGAUUUUAGCAUUUUAGAGCAUAAGCAGAGUACGGAUGAGCAAAUAGAUGCCCUGAAAGAGCGUAUGGGAUGGACACAAGAAUGCCUACAUGAAGCAAGCGUUGAGAGAAGAAACUUUUUUGCAGAUGCAAUUGCACCGGAACCAAGUGAAAUCGAUAAAUUGGAUCCUAUACAAAGUGGUAUUUUACAAAAAAAAAAAAAAAACGUUGAAAGAUUGUUCGAAUUAUUUUACGAAACGAUAAAUGUUCAACAUUGCCUAUUAGAUCAACGUGAUGAUUCAUGGAAAAACAUCCAGAGAUCUUCAAGAAGUUUGUUUAUUACCAUUUGCGCGAUAACGACAAGUAUUGAUGAGCAGAAUGCAAUCUCACGUCAUUGUUCUCCAAUCUUGCUAAGGAGUAUGGAUCACUGUACUUCGCUGCUACUGUCUUCAAAUGCAAAAAGUACAGAGGUUGUAAAAACUUUACUUUUAACAUUUUUAUUCAUGACAAAACCUGCUUUUGCUCGAGAGGAUCGCUGUUGGACGCUUAUCGAUACAGCUGGAAGAAUUGCAAGUGAAUUAGGAAUGGGUAAACGUCUUCGAACAAUUCGAUCCACGCUGGAUGGUCAGUUGAAAGACGAUCAUGAACAGCGCAGUACGGAACGAGCAUGGGCAACUGCAGUACUUUUACGACGUAGCUUAGGAUCGUUGCAUGGAAUGGUGUCUGUGAUCAAUUUAGACGUUCAAUGGAAUCAAUUAGACAAAUGGGCGGAAGAUGAACGUGCAACACCUGGCGAUGCUCAACAUUGUGCUUAUCUAAAUUUGCGCAGGAUUGAGUUCUAUACGCGGUCGCAACUACAGAAAAUGGAAGAACAUCGAUUUUUAUCCUUGGAAAUCCUGCACACUUCAAAGAUUUCAGAUCAACCCAUGUACAUGGUCCCGGAUUCACUGGAAGAUCAAUGCGCCAAGAUGUCAAUAGCGUUUUGGAAAUCUUUCCUUGACAACUUUCAAUAUCGAGCUCAUCAAUUAGGGCGGAACAUUGUUUCCAUGGUCACUUGGAGCGUAAUGAUAAUGCUACAGCAAAAGCUUCUAGCGAGAGGAAAGCAGGCAGCUUUGUUAAGAUAUAAAAGGUUUGAUUACAAUACCAAUUAUCGCUUUCCCAGCUUUCCGACUAAUAAUCUAGACGAAUUUCAAUCUGGCUCAGAUGCCAAUCAAACACUAAACGCCGGCAAUCAAGCUCGAUCAGAGAGAAACAGCGGUGCUGAGAGUCAGGCUCUACCUGCAGAAAGAAAUAUCAACCAAAAUCUUCAGCCUGACACCAACGUGCCAAUUUCUGGGAACAAGUCCCUAGCAGAUUCGACAGAAAACAUUCUAUCAAGUAUGUCUGGACAUAUGACAACCGAUCCAUUCAACGAAACAUGGCUAAACUCAUUUUUGGACAGCUUAGUGCCUCCUUCCUUGACACCAUCAAAUGAUUAA